CCCGUCAACUUAUCCUGUCAACAUCGUUCGUUCAUCCCACACAAUCCCACAUUUCACGAAGUUCAAACGCCGACAAAAUGCGUGAAGUCCUUUCGAUGCAUAUUGGUCAAGGAGGUGUGCAAAUUGGCAAUGCAUGCUGGGAAUUGUAUUGUCUUGAACAUGGAAUUCAACCAGAUGGCAUGUUACCAUCUGAUUCUUGCACAAAUGACGAAGGGUUUCAGACAUUUUUCAGUGAAACGGGAAGUGGAAAAUAUGUUCCAAGAGCAGUUUUUCUUGACCUCGAGCCCACAGUAAUCGAUGAAGUGCGAACCGGGACAUAUCACGGGCUCUUUCACCCCGAGCAGUUAAUAUCCGGAAAAGAGGACGCAGCAAAUAACUAUGCCCGUGGUCACUACACCCUAGGAAAAGAAAUAAUCGAUCUGGUGCUGGAUCGAAUCAGAAAGACUGCAGACCAGUGUUCAGGUCUACAGGGUUUUCUCAUUUUCCACGCGUUUGGUGGUGGAACUGGAUCUGGAUUCACCUCCUUGCUCAUGGAACGUCUCUCGGUCGACUAUGGGAAGAAGGCGAAAUUGGAAUUUGCAAUCUAUCCCUCGCCCCAGAUCUCGACUGCGGUAGUUGAACCCUACAACGCGAUUCUGACGACCCACACGACCCUCGAACAUUCUGAUUGUGCCUUUCUCGUGGAUAACGAGGCUAUCUACGAUAUCUGCCGGAGAAACUUGGACAUUGAGAGACCCACUUACACGAAUUUAAAUAGGCUUAUUGGACAAAUUGUUUCUUCCAUCACCGCAUCUUUGAGGUUCGAUGGUGCACUAAACGUAGACCUUACAGAAUUCCAGACGAACCUAGUACCUUAUCCAAGGAUACAUUUUCCACUCGCCACCUACGCCCCAAUAGUGUCAAUUGAAAAGGCAUAUCACGAGCAACUAACAGUAAUGGAACUCACAUCCGCGUGUUUCGAGCCAGCUAAUCAGAUGGUAAAAUGCGACCCAAGAAAAGGAAAAUACAUGGCCUGUUGUCUGCUUUACAGAGGUGAUGUUGUGCCCAAAGAUGUCAACGCUUCUAUCGCCACAAUCAAAACGAAACGUGCCAUUCAGUUUGUCGAUUGGUGCCCUACAGGGUUCAAGGUUGGGAUUAAUUAUCAACCCCCAACAGUAGUACCAGGAGGCGAUUUGGCGAAAGUCCAGCGAGCUAUGGCAAUGCUGGCAAACACAACAGCUAUUUCGGAAGCUUGGACCAGACUGAACAGAAAAUUCGAUCUUAUGUUUUCAAAAAGAGCAUUUGUUCACUGGUACGUGGCCGAGAGCAUGGAUGAGAGCGAGUUUAAUGAAGCCCGUGAGGACUUGGCAGCCUUGGAAAAGGACUAUGAGGAGGUCGGCAUGGAUUCGGCAGAAGGUGAAGAAGGUGAGGAGGAAAUGUAAAGACGAGAAAGGAAAAGUUCAGCGUGGAAGUGUGGUGAAAAUCGCCAUUUAGUCCAACAAAUUAUCCAAUUCAGGACCUCUAAUUUCACAGUGGGGUGAACGAACGAUCCAGCCACAGUCUGCUACGCGGGAUAUUUUAUACCUUUUUUGUAUCGAAUCUGUACAUUUUUUGUAGCAAUUUACACCCCUUUUUGUAGCGUGCACAGUUUACCAGAAAAAGGUUUCAAAAACUAUUCUUACUGAAGGCCCUUGUUCCUAAUAAAUUAAAAAGAAGGGACUUUAUUUAUUAAAGAGUCAGUAUAUUACUCUUUCUUUUAAAUAUGAGCAUCGAAUGUACCCAGUUUGUAUAUAGUGUUAUUAGAUUUUGUAAUAAAUGCCAAUGAUGGGUUGUCAA